AUGAUGUCUACUACACACCACCUUAAUAUUUUCAAGUUUUGCUAAAAUGAAAUAAUAAAUAAAAAAUUGAAUUAUAUUACAUUCUAAGAUUAAAUAAGUAAAAUAUAUGUAUAUAUACUUAUAAUUUCGAGCAUGUGUAUUGCAGGGGGAGCUUGUGGAUUUGAUAAUGACGUGGCAUAUCCUCCAUACAAUGGCAUGACGGCUGCAGGGAAUCAAAAUAUAUUCCAAUCUGGAAAGGGUUGUGGGGCAUGUUAUCAGGUGAAAUGUACAGAAAAUCCCUUGUGCUCGGGAAAUCCAGUUACUGUAACGGUCACAAACGAAUGCCCCGGUACGUGCAACAAUGAAGCAUUCCACUUCGAUUUGAGCGGGAAAGCUUUCGGAGCUUUAGCCAAACCGGGUCAAGCUGACCCGUUAAGGAAAUGGGGCAGAAUCAAUAUCCAAUACCAAAGGCAAGAAAAUAAAUCUAUCUAUCGUAAUUCUCGAUUCUAUUUAAAAAAAAAAUUGGUUUUAUGCAACUACAAUGGGACCAAUAUAACAUUCAAGAUCGACUCGGGUUCGAACCCUAACUACCUAGCAUUUGCUGUAGAAUACGUGAAUGGAGACGGCGAUAUUGGUUCCCUCGAGAUAUUGUCGGACAAUUCCAAAGGAUGGUUGUCCAUGAAGCAAUCGUGGGGUGAAACUUGGGCCGUUGGAUUACCCGUUGGGAUAAGCGGUCCUUACUCCGUGAGGCUUACCACAAUCGAGUCGAAGAAAACAGUACUUGCGUAUAAAGUGAUCCCUGGUAAUUGGGUUCCGGGACAGUCUUAUCACUCGAGAGUUAACGUUCCUUGA